UGAAACGGUUGCAUCAAUUCAGAUUCGAGUCAUAGGAGUGUAAUUUGUUUUUUAGUAAUGUUUCGUCGAUGUGGUUGAAAUUUUUUUUAAAGUUAUAUUUACAAUAAUAUUCAAUUACAAAAAUGGUUAAAAAUUCAGGUGCAUGUGACACGCGAUGUCAGUUGUUAUUCACCGAGGCGAUAAACACAGAAAAUUCAUCCAGACUUAAUUGGUUCAGGAAGAAUCAGCAGCGGUUAAUCGACAAUUUAGGUAGCCAAAAGUUGGUCAGCAAAGCUAAGGCUCAAAUAGCUGAACAGGAAGAGAAGCGUCGCAAACGCCUUGAGGCCGAGCGUAAUGAGAAACAGCAAAAGUUUCCCAGACCUCCGAACUGGCGACCCGUCAUUGAUGGUUCAUUGAAUUUAGAUUAUAUGAGACCUAUAGAGCCCAGCGUAUUGAACUUAUUGUACGAGAAAGGCAUGCCAAGUUACGAAGCGAGAAAGAAUUACCUCAACGAGAGGUACGAGAAAAUGUUGGAAGAUCGUUAUUACUAUCUUUAUGGUAGCAGCUGGGUUUACGGUUGGCGUUUCAAAGAUUUCCCUCCUGUACCAGCUACAAAAUUGGGUAAACGUCAAAUAAUUCAAGCUUCGUUUUACCGUCGAAACGCGUCAAGCCUGCAACGUGAUCCAAAUUGGUAUAAAAUUUGCCAAACUGGAAACCCAAAGAAUUAUAAUGACGUUUUAACAUACUGACAAAAUACUUGCAAACCUGGGACUUGAUGAGACAAAUUGACAUCCGCUAAAGGUAUUGAAUUAAAUGUAGAAGAAUUCAAUUUAUUUUAAUAAUGUCAAUGAUUCGUCAAGUUUAUUGUUUAUUGCAGAUAUAAUAAUAAUAAUGAUAAUAAUA